GCCAGCCCCCAGUUCCAUAUGAUCAGUGAGUCGCUCCCAGCCCCCAGCGCUGAGUCGCUCAGUCUGUUUGGCGAUUGCUGCGCUACGGACUCCCAUCAUUCGCUCCCACCCAGCAGCGGAGGCUGAGACUGGAGACCCCCGGGGUGCCCCCUCCCCUCACUCGGCUCCACCUGAACAAGAGGUGACAGAAGCAGAUGGAGGAAUUAGCGGCUGCGGCGCCCCCUCUCCCAGUGCCCAUUUAGCGCAGUCUCUGGGCAGUGCCAGCCGGAUCCAUCCAGGACUAUGUCCCCCAGUGCCCGCCGCUGCUAGCAGCCUGUUCCUCAGUGCCACCCAGCACCCACCUACUGCUUGUCCUAGGGAGAGACAUGGGAGAUUGGUACCGCUUCUCUGCUUCAUGACUGGGCAUUGCCUGUGCCAGCUGCCAGCCGGAGAGCCAACUUGCUCCAACUGUGCCACAGGUGUAAAUGGUCUCUAGAGAGUCAUUGAGGAGCUGUCUAAUCUGCAAUCAUGAAUAACUCAAGCCUAGUCAACGUGUCCUCAACCAAUGAGACCAUGAUGGGAAGCCCUUACAAAACGGUAGAGGUGGUCUUCAUUGUGAUUGUGGCUGGAUCCCUCAGCUUGGUCACCAUCAUUGGAAACAUCUUGGUCAUGGUCUCCAUAAAAGUCAACCGACACCUUCAGACUGUCAACAACUAUUUUUUGUUCAGCUUAGCCUGCGCUGACUUGAUCAUCGGGGUCUUCUCCAUGAACCUCUAUACUCUCUACACUGUGAUUGGGUACUGGCCGAUAGGACCUGUUGUGUGCGACCUAUGGUUGGCCUUGGAUUACGUCGUCAGCAAUGCUUCAGUCAUGAACCUUCUCAUCAUCAGCUUUGAUAGGUAUUUCUGUGUCACCAAACCUCUAACCUAUCCAGUGAGGCGCACCACCAAGAUGGCAGGCAUGAUGAUUGCCGCCGCUUGGGUGCUAUCUUUUAUUCUAUGGGCGCCUGCUAUACUUUUUUGGCAGUUUAUCGUUGGAGGGAGAACUGUCCCAGAAGGUGAGUGCUACAUCCAGUUCUUCUCCAAUGCCGCGGUCACGUUUGGCACGGCUAUCGCUGCCUUCUACUUGCCCGUCAUUAUCAUGACCGUGUUGUACUGGCAGAUAUCGAGAGCGAGCAAAAGCCGGAUCAAGAAGGGCAAAAAAGAGGCAGCGCCCAAUCAAGACCCAAUAUCUCCUAGUAAUGUCCAAGGGAAAAUCGUAAAACCAAAUAACAACAACGUGGCCGCCAACGAAGACGGGUUGGACCAUGGGAAAAUCCAGAACGGCAAAGUCACGAGCAACUCCGGCAUCGAAAACUGCGUCCAGGCAGAAGGGGAAGAAAAAGAGAUCUCCAACGACUCCACGUCGGUCAGCGUCGUCAACACCAAGGACGAAGGUGCCGCCAAAGACGUCCCACAGGCCUCGGGAUCUCAAGCCAAUCCAAAGACGGAGAACUCCAAGCUCACGUGCAUACGGAUAGUGACAAAGUCCCCGAAGGGCGAUUGUUCUAAUGCCACCGGCACCACCGUGGAGAUCGUCCCAGGGGCCAACGGACGCAACGGAGAAGACAAGCAGAACAUAGUUGCCCGCAAAAUUGUAAAGAUGACCAAACAGCCUCCCAAGAAGAAGCUUCCACCUUCCAGAGAAAAGAAAGUCACAAGGACAAUCUUGGCCAUUCUGCUUGCGUUCAUUAUCACCUGGACACCGUACAACGUCAUGGUUUUAAUUAACACCUUCUGUGCCGUCUGCGUGCCCAACACCGUUUGGACUAUCGGCUACUGGCUUUGCUAUAUCAACAGCACCAUCAACCCUGCUUGCUACGCCCUCUGCAAUACCACCUUCAAGAAGACUUUCAAGCACCUCCUAAUGUGCCAGUAUAAAAACAUCGGCUCGGCUAGGUAAAAAAUACUCGGAGGUGGAGGAGACGGAGACCUUCCGAGCUGCCAUUUUAAUAUAAUGCCAUAGCACUUUACACUCAUAAACGGAAUGUGCAAUCAAAGAACCUCGCCGGGACUGGUGGGUCUUCUCCACCCGCACUUAGAACUUGGAAACCAUUGAAGUCGAACCUGGGUACAACUUCGUGCUCUUUCGUUGACGGACUCUCAAGGGCUCCUUGGCUCCCCAGUUAAUUCCAUGUCUGUAUUACUACGAUAUUCACACUUUAACGAGUCGUUACGUCUACAAGGAAACCGAGUGGCAGAGUAUUGAACAAAAAUGACGUUGACAUGACUCACAAAGUCCCAAGUUUGACGCAGAAUUUUUUUGGGGUUUUUUUUUUCCCAAUAUUUAUCCUAAGCGUUUAAACUGGUUUCUUCUGUGCCUCAGUGUUUUCAGUGACUUGUCUAUCAAAAAUAUAUCUCUCACGAUCGGGGGCCCCGCGGGGGCCACAUUAGAGCUUCCUGGAUACAAACUAGCCAAUCAAUUCACUGUACAGAGUUCUGUGUUGAAUUCAUGGGGAAAAGGGGAUUAUUUAUGCAGAAGCCUCUCUUUCUUUUUACAGUAAUUACCGAUAAGAUGUAUUAACGCUACAUGGUCUUGCAAACAUGUAAACUCGAAGUCGGAUAUAGCGGUGAAUGGGAGGUGUCCCUAUCCGUAAAGGAAAAGGCUGGAUAAUAGCGCAGGGACGUAAAGGGAAAGUAAAGAUGCAAUAAUAUUAUUUAGUACGAGGCGACACACGCUGGAAUGGGGGGGGGGUUUCUUCUGUCUGGAGACAUUUAAAGGGAAAGUUGAACUUAAACAUUAAGUGGGAUGUAGACAGUAAGGCUGAUCCAUGCUCUAUAUGUUUUAUUCCAGAUUGUAUUGUUAAUAUAUUGUUAAUAUUUUUGAUCACAAUGCCCAGGGAAGGCUGCCAUCAUAAAUCAUGGAGAACCGUGUACCCCCCCACCCCCCAAGGGCCUGGCUAAUACCGAAUGGCCCACCUCUGCCUCUUGGGCUGUGGGACCUACCCAGGGUUAGACUGGGGAGGGUGCAGGGCCCACCCUGCAGGUGUCCCCGCCGGCUACGUCCCCUGACCGCACCCCCCCCUGGUGCCCCCCUAACCCCCUGCAGGGUCCCCCACCCAACGUCCUCC